UAUGUUUUGACUUUUGCCAACUAGGCGAAACCUGUCAAUGGCAAAAUAAUGCCAGUUUAUUUACUGUUUACAUCAGUAUUUCUAUAAUAUUUAUACGCCAAUCGUUCUUCUGUGAUAUGUGGUCCUGAUUUCAUGUUUAAAAAAUGUCGUGGCUUAAUCUGAACCAGAGUUUAAAUAGCCUGAAAGGGCAGAUUACCAAUUUUGCUACAGAAGUGUUAUCUGAAGGUGUUAGUCCAGAUAACGAAGCAGGAUCUUCUGGAGAGCUAUCUUCAGUAAAGGAGCUUGAAGAGAAGUGCAGUAACCAAGAGUCUGAGAUUGCAGCGUUGAAGAAAUUAAACGAUGAAUUACAAGCCACUUUGCAAUCUGAGAGAUUGUCGAGGAAAAAUGGACUUAAAGAAGAAGAAUCGAGCUGGUACUGGGAUCCACCUUCACAAGCAUCUAGAAGUGACCAUGAAAUCGAAAAGCAAUACAAGUUGCAAAUACAAGCUUUACAAAGUGAAUUAUCCUCCUUGAAAGAUCGGAACCUGCCAGAUGAUGUAAACAAUGAAGAAGUCAUAAGGCUUCUACAAGAAAAUCAAAACCUCACAUCCAGCUUAGAAGACUUAGAUAACCAACACCAAAUAGCUAUGGAAAGGCUACUAACAUUGAAAAAAGAAUUACAGAAAAACUUUGAAGUCUUGAAACAAGAGCAUCAAGAAUUAAAAAACAGCAAUGAUGAAUACACAGAUGAAAUAAAAGUAUUAUUACGUAAAAUAAGUGAGAAAGAUCAAGAAAUAGAAAGUCUUAAAACAGCACAUCCUGAUUAUGAUACUCUUUUCCACAAAUACCAGAACUUAGAAAGAAUACAUAGCUUGCUAAGGGAAAAUGCUGAAAAGUUUCAAGAAGAAAAUCAGGAAUUACAUGAAGAAGUUUUUAAAUUACAAGAAAAAGUGACUAAAUUAGAACAUGAUGCAGAAGUGGCUAAUAAAUUGAAUGAACCGUCACACAUGGUGCCGAUGGAUAAGUAUGAAAACAUAUUAAAAGAAUUAAAUGAUUUGAAACAUAGGCGUGUCUCUAAUUCAGUACAUCUAGAUGAAGUAAAUAUAGACGAUAAUGCUAAAAGUGUAAUAGAAACACUUAAAAGAGAUAUAGAUGACUUGAAAUUAAAGUUAUCUCAACGCGAUAGAGAAUAUAAUGAGACUAUAGAAAUUAAAUUUAUAAAACCAGAUAAAAUCAUGCAGUUAUAUAAUCGUUACGUUAAUUUUGAUUUACCUGUAGAUUAUGUAGGUGAAAUCCCGACAGAAACAGAAAAUGUUAUCAUGCAAAAACUAGAGGGUGUAUUUAAAACUUUGAAUUCAUUUAAAAUAGAUAUUGAUGCUCUAGAAAACAAACUAUCAGAAAAAAAGCUUUGCAUAAAUAAUUUACAAUCGCAAAUUGAAGAUGUGACUACGGAAAAUGAAUAUUUGACAUCCGAUAUACAGCACCUUGAGAGUGAAUUGGAAGAAAUGAAAAAGAACAAUGAUUUUCUUCUUUCAGAAAUAGCGGCCUUAAAAAAUACCUCUAAAUUGGAACCAAUCAUUGAAACUCAUGAAGACAAUCUUGCAAAAUUAGAGACUGAACUCGCUGAUUGUAAUAGAAUAAACAAAACAUUUGAAUCCGAAAUAAAAAGGAUAGAGAACGAGCUAAAGGAUGUACAAAAUGAGAAAAAAAUAUUACAAGAAUGCCUUAAUGAUAUGAAAAAUAAGUAUACUUCAAUGCUUAAUGAAUUAAAGAUGUGUAAAGCGCAGACACAAGCUGUACAAGAACUAGAAAAUAAUGCAAAUGUUACACAUAGUGUUAAAUUACAGGAAGCUAUAGAUAAAAUAGAUAACUUGCAAAAACGCUUACAUUCCGCUAACUCUAAAAAUGAACAACUUUCUAUCGACAUUCAUAUCCUGGAAAACGAUAAAGUAUUACUAGCUAAACAAAUUGAAGACCUAAAACAAGAAAAACAGUCAAUGUGCGAUGCGCACAAAGAAUUAGAGUAUACAAACAAUACUUUAAAUAGCAGUAUAAAUGAUCUUAAGAAUAAACUAGAUGAAUCUAUAAAUCAUAAACAAGAUUUAGACAACAAGAUAAAACAACUCGAGCAUGAGAUUAAAGCUAAAAAAAGAAGUCCACAUAUUGACUCAGAAAAUACUCCUCUGAACGAAGAUACAAUAACUACAGAAUCUGAAGCCAUUGUUGAAAAUGCAUCAUCUGUAACGAUGACAGUAAAUAUGCGAGAUAGUUUACUGCAAGAAAAAUCAAUUCUUGAAGAGAAAUUUAAAUCACUAACUAAUGACUUUGUAAAACUUCAAAGCCAACAACAAGAAUUAAUUAAUGAAACUAAUUUAUUAAAAGAAAAGAUACUUAUUGAGGCUCACGAGAAGUCUGAACUUCAAAAGAUCAUUAACGAUUUAAAAGUAAAAGCUGAUCAGUAUGAUGCUACCAAUAAUACACUCUUAAUCUUAAAAGAUGAAAACAAAUACCUUUUAGAUAAAAAAUUACAACUUGAAGUAGAAAUAUCUUCCACGGACAACAAAAUUAUGGAAUUAGAAAAUGAAUUUGAAAAAUUCAUCGCAGAUAUUAACGAUAAAGAUUCCAUAAUAAAUGACCUUAACAUGACGGUAAAUAAAAAUAAUCUUGAACUUGAAAGUCUAAAUCAAAAUGUUACUGAUCUUGAAAAAAGUGUUCAAAUAAAAAGUCAAGAAAUUAGGAACCUCGUUAUAACUGUGGAAGAACUAACACAAAAACUAAACAGCGUUACAAUCAGUUCCAACCAAAGUAACGAAGAAUUGAGUAAGUUACAAGUAGAGAAAGAAGAACUUAACCAACAAAUAUACAUUCUUAACGAUGAAAUUAUUCACAAAAACUCGGAAAUUUCUAAAAUGAAUGGUAUAGUUACGGAAUCAGAAAAAUCCUAUACAGAAAUCAAAUCACAAUUAGACAGUAAAGAUAAAGAAAUAAAGGAAUUAAAACAGUCCAUUGUAGAAUUAACAGACAAAAUAAAAGCUUCAGAGAACACCACUCAACCAAACGAUGAAUAUGCUAAAUUGUUAGAAGAGAAACAGGCAAUAGAAAAGGUAUCAGUAGAACUAGAGAAAGUUUUAAACAUAAAAGAAAAAGAAUUAGUAGAUACACAAAAUAAAAUGGUGUUAUUAGAAAAUACAGUUAAAGAAUUGAAAAUUGUCAUAGAUAAUGCUACCAUUGAAAAGAAUGACAUUAUAAAUUUAGUGAAUUUAAAACAUAAUGAAAGUAUACAAUACCACAAUGAAAUACAGAGGUUAAACCAAGUUCUACUUGAACAGAAUAAUGAAUUUAAAAAAAUUAUCGAAGAAAAAGAUCUAUUAUUAAAAAAUAAUACUAACUGCACGAAUUGUGAAUCAUUACAACUAAAUCUCAAAGAAAAGGAUGACAUACUAGUGGCAUUAAAUAAAAACGUCACAGAACAAGAAAAGUUAAAAACGGAAUUAUUAAACGCAAGUGAAGCAUUUAAGAAUCUGACGAAGAGAUGCGAAGAUCUAGAAACAAAGUUAGCAAUGCAAUUGGAGACUGUAAAGAAAUUGACGGCAGAAAAUGUACAGUUGUCAGAGCAAGAACAGAACUCCUCGCGCGAGCUGGAAAGGUUGCGCCACCACCUCGUGGAGUUAGAAGAGAACUACACCCAGGAGCUCAUGGCUUCUGAGCAGAAGCUGUGCGAGUGCCAGGCCAGGCUGCAUCAGGUCGAGGAGAGGGCUAAGCAAACCAGCACCGUUUACACCAGCAAUAGCAUUCGAGCCAAUCAAGAAGUAGAAACGCUGAGGAACCAAAUCAAGCUAUUGGAGAAACAGCGUGAAGAAGUACAAGCUAAGCUGAGCGAAGCGGACGACGCGAGGAGUAGAAGCGAAGCAGCGCUCACCAACUUGCAAGUUGUGCUGGAACAGUUCCAAUUAGACAAGGAAAGAGACAUCCACAGCGCAACAGAGAAAAUAAGAAACCAAAUGGAGGAGGUCAAACGCCAAAACGACGCGUUACGCAACGAAAUAGCGCGACUGAAUGGAAAACUAGAGGAGUCUGUCGCCGGCCUGAAAGCUGCUACCAGGCUGGGCGAUCAGGUCGAGACGAAGACGGCACAGAUCAACGAUCUCAAGGAACAAGUGCGAGCUCUCCAGGCGUCGAUAACCGCUGCAGAGGAGAGGUACUACAGCGCUAUAUCCAACCAGCAGGACAAGGUGGACAAGAACCUGGUGAAGAACCUGGUCGUCAACUACGUGCUUACGGCUAACAGGAAUGACCUUAACAGAACCCAAGUCCUGCGCAUCCUCUCCACAGUGUUGGACUUCAACCAGACGGAAUGUGAGAAGCUGGGUCUAGUCAGGUCAGCCAAUGCUGGAGACAGUUUGGCUGCGGAGUUUGUCAAGUUUCUCCACAACGAGUCGAGGCCAAGAGCGCCUUUGCCGGAUAUGAUGGGACUGCAAGGAGGCAGAACAACUCCCGCUAGUUCAAGGAAAAGUUCUACCAUUGGACCACACCCGGUCUUCGACGUCGGUCACAGAAGAAACCCAUCGACAGGUUCAAACAACCUUCUAUUCCAGAACAUGGAUUCCGUAGAAACCUCAUCCCAGGUUUCCAUAGAGUCUGAUACCAGGGCCAUUCCAAUAAACACUUUAGACACUGGGGUCAAUCAGACCCGGAAUAACGAGGGCGCCAUUUUGAAACACGUUUUAAAGGACAUGUGAUAUUAAUGAAAGAUAUUGUUUAUUAUACAUAAGUAUAUGUAUUUUAACAGAACUGAAUCCAUUAUAGGAUAUAGCCGUUGCCUUAGGCUUCGUCCUUAUAAAUUAUAGGUAACAUAAGGCAAAAUAACUAUGCCUCGGGUUAUUAAAAAGCAGCUAAAAGGGAAUGCCCAUCCACUGCCUUUCCUGACAGCCCGACAAUUACUUAUAUCUAAAAAAAUCUUGAUACUUUUACUUUAAUAAUGAGAUCAUUACUUUAUAAAAAAAGUUUGCUACAAUGUUUAACGACAUUUUUAAUUCAUCUUUAAUUUGUCCACAACAAAUAGGACAACGAAAGAUCGUUGACCAUACAACCUGAGUUUUACGACAUUUUUUGAAGACUUAUGAUUGGUUUGUUUGUUAAAAAAAAUCAAUACAGCUUUAAAGGUUACUUCGCCACCUUGGUACACCUGCGACCUGUUUGAGCAAAUACGUUAAAUACCUUUAUUAAUUUUUAGUGUCACAAACAGUACAUCCUAUCUUAGAUAUUAUAUGACUGUCUGUGAUACCAAACAGAAAGGGUUUACAGCUCAGCAUUAAGGCAUUCAUUGUAAUGCCUAGCGCUGAUUUUCAGCUGAAAACGAUGGGCAUUCACCUUUAAGAUUAGCUUGGAUAGACUACCUCGUUGGUUAGCCUAGGAAUACAUUUGAAUGUAUGUGUUUUAAGAAAAUUAUAACUGAAUCAAAUAUGUGGCUUCGGAUCCGAAGGUCCUGAGUUAGAGUCCUGAAUCAGGCUAUGACAUUCUGCGGUUUCUUGUAAGAAAUUUUCAGUACAAAUUCUCAGACCGGAGUUGGGAGGUGACGACCCCGUGCAUCGGAGAGCAUGUUACGCUGUGGGUCCCGGUUAUUAUCAUUAUGAUAGUUCUCGUUAAAGAAUUUGACCUCCGAAGCAUUUGAGCAGCGUAGUGGAUUUAAACUCCAUAUCCCCUCUCCCAUAAUAAGGGGGGCCGUGUGAAUCGUUUGGUUGUUUUGAAAUUGCAACUGCAUCAGGCUUAAAAGCUAUGUUAUCUGGUGCUUUUAAUUAUACCACUUAAUAUCAAGUCGACCAAAUGCUUAUACUGUCAGACGUUAGUAUCGAAAUCGUUUACGGCCAUUUUAUAAACAAGGAUUAAGAUUUACCUCCUCAAUUUUCUUCAAAGUAAAGUGACCCUAAUUACUACUAUUUAAAGUUCGCUUUGCUUUGAAGAGAAUUGAGAUUUAAAUCUUAAUUUAUGUUUAUAAAUAGGUAUCGUCGUUAGAGUUUAGUAGAAGGCUUAGAUCGUGGCUAGAUUUCUUCGUUCUAUUCAUUCAUUCAUUCAUUGUUAAGAUAUCGUCAAUCCUAUCCUCUCGAAGUCUACCAGACAAGAAAGAAUAAAUAAAUUCUUAAGUUGCCACAAAACUAAACAUCGAACCUUGGACGUCCUAGUUAAAAAACAAGACAAGAAAUACUUUCGGCAUCUACAUCAAGGUUUUUUAUUUUUCUGGUCAAGCUUAUACAUCAUAGGUACCUUUUUUUUGACAUUCAGACCCUUAAAAUUAUAUGAAAUAAAAACAUUUCGGCUGUUCAAAGUUAAAACCUAGCAGGUGCUACGAAAUAAGUUUUAGUACAGUAGGUUAAUAUUUUGAACAUUUCGACUAGCGAACUACACAAUGUUUGCAAUAACGUGAAUCAACGUUAGCAAAUACUCACAUUAUAACGAAAUGUCAGUUACUAGGUUUUAGAAUUGUACAGCCGAUUUUUAUGUUAUAUGUUGUAAAUAAAAUAAUGUUUAUUUUUUAUUAUCAUAAUGUUAUUAUAUUGUUUAAAUGAAAUAAUCAUUAUAUUCUGUAUACGUACCUUGAUAUAGUUAACUAUUGAUGAUUUAUAGCAUUUCUAGAUAAUACUUGGAAUUUAUAUGCGCGGAAUUAUUAAUGAAUGACCGCGACGGAAAUAAUUGGAUUUUUUUUUAUAAGUUUUGAUUACUUUGAGAUUCCAUGCCAUAUAGGUACAUAAUGUUUGAAAUUUUCAGUUUAUUUUUUUACUUUACUUUGUAUAUUUGUAAAUUAUGUAAAAAAAAUUCAAUGUUUAUUUAAUUAUUUUAUCCGCUUGUAAUAUAUAACUUGUGCAAAUUGAAAUUGUGAUUAUUUAUAUAAUAAUAUGUUUAUUAAUUAUAAUAAUUAAUCAUUUAAUUAUUAUUGAUACUGUAUAAUUAUGACAUGUACUAAGAAUGUCAUGCGUGCUUUAAAUUAAAAUUUUAUUAUGAAAA